UCACAUAUAACUCAUUUGUAGAAAAUAAGCAGAAGGCUUGAAAUUUAGCAAAUUCAGUUUUUAAUUUCGGCCAGUGAUAGGAAAUCCUGCCAGUGGAAAAGUGCAAAGAUGGAGGAGUAUUCGCGGGAACCGUGUCCCCAUCGCAUCGUCGACGACUGCGGAGGAGCCUUUAUCAUGGGCUGCGUUGGAGGCGGGCUCUUCCAGGGACUCAAGGGAUUCCGGAACGCACCACAGGGACUAGGACGCAGGGUCGCCGGCAGUGUGGCUGCCAUCAAGACCAAAUCUCCGGUGAUAGGUGGAAGUUUCGCCGCCUGGGGUGCAGUGUUCAGCAUUGUGGACUGCAGUCUGGUCCACUUUCGCCAAAAGGAGGAUCCCUGGAACUCGAUAGUGAGCGGAGCAGUUACUGGUGGAAUUCUGGCCUCACGCAAUGGAGCGGCGGCCAUGGCUGGAAGUGCAAUUAUCGGUGGCGUACUGCUCUCAAUGAUCGAGGGCUUAGGCAUAUUUUUUACACGUUUCGCGGCGGAACAGUUCCGAAAUCGUGAACCGCAUAUCAUGCCUGAUGCCAAUGAAGGAUACGGUGACUUCAACUCUUCCGGAUUUGGAUUUCCGGGUGCUCAGCAGGCCACUGCAACUAGCUAAAUUCCGAUUUUUCUUGUCUGGGUAUAUUAAUACGUAGUCCUUUUUGAUUUUCAUAAGUGCUAGAUUUAGCAAUAUUCCAUUUGAAAAAUUCGAUGACAAUAAAAUAUGGACAAAAUUGCAGUAUUUCCAUUUAAGCUGUUUUUGCAAAGGAACCAAUUUAUUAAAUUUCAAACAAUUU